AUGCGUAGUAAAUUAUCGCAAUUACUGCUUGGCGUUGUUGCCUUGGGAACCGGGUGUGUCUUGUUGGUCUCCAGCAAUGCGGACGACACGGGGUUGGCGGGGGAGCGACACGCGGCGUACCAAGCCUUGGCAUCCGCGGCAUCCUUCCAAAGCAUCGUCGAGACGUGGCAUACCCGCGCCACGCAACUCAUCGACCGUACCGUCGAUCUCCAUUCGAAAUACGAUGCAGUGGAGGAGUCGGUAUUUGAAGCGGAGCAAGCGAUCCGACUCUUCAACGCGCAACAACUCAAAGUUGUCAUUGAAGGCUUCGACGCCGUACACGAAGCGGAACUCGAGCGGCGAGCCAUACAGCAGCCACAGGACUUGGAAGAUGUUCCCAUGCCGCUUACCAAGGACGAAUUCCGCAAUGCCAUUCCGUUGGAUAGUAUAGUCGAUCCGAGUGACGUGCGGAUGGAGCACUGGGUAGUGGAUUACAUUGACAGGGUACUGAACGAACGCACACCGCCCACGCAGGUGCAAACAACGCCGUCACCCACACACUCGUGCGUGACACCACAGAAGGCAGUCCAGGAAGUACACGCCGCCUUGGUACGACACGCGACGGACGGAAUCGGUAUGGAAGAUCACGCGAGGGGAGCCAGAAUUGUGCACGAAAUGACCACCACUACCUACACGCCACCGCCACAAUCACACCAGCGGCUGGGAAACGUCUGGUGGCGCAGGUUUAUUCCACAAGACUGGGAAUCCUUUCUCCCCAGCGGAUGGGAGGAAUGGGAUGCACGUGUACCGCUCUUCUUCUCGCAUACAUUUGGAAGCAAGGCUCCGGUGAGUGCCAAACCGGAGUCUAUUCUAAUACCCUUGACGACGCCAGGCGCUUGUUGGCCCAUGGACGGCUCUAACGGACACGUCACUCUAGCCCUGGCGUAUCCGGUCGCAGUCAGCGCAAUCACCAUCGAUCACGUAUCCAAGUAUCUGCUCAACGAACCCUCGGAGCAGCUCACGAGUGCCCCCAAGGACUUUCGAAUCGUCGCGUAUCCUCCCUGUAUUGAGCAUUGCCACGGCUUGUCCUUUGACGUCAACGAUCCCUUUGAUCUAGCGCAGGGAACCUUUGAAAGAGACGGCACGACCGUGCAAACCUUUGCUACGCAGAAUCUCGAUCCACCAUUACUCGGGCGCGAGCACACAAUGGAGGAAGGAUCGUGCUCGGCAGCUGCCGCGACGACUUGCGGUGUACCGGAUGCCAACCAAGGCUUGGUGGCGGCCGUGCAAGUACAAAUUUUGAGUAAUUGGGGGAAUGAAGAUUACACCUGCCUGUAUCGGAUUCGUGUUCACGGAGAAUCAGCCGAUCUAUAG